AUGUCCGACACCAUCGCUGAGAUUGUGGCCUUCACCCGCUCGAUCUCUUCGCAGAUUGGCGACCUUGUAGAACAAGGGAAGAAGGAGGAGCUCGACGCCCUGCAACGAGAUAUAGCCGCCAAGCGCGAACGAGUCAGAGGAUUGGCGUCGCAGUACAGGCAGAACCUCAAUGCACACCUGAUGGCGCAAGCUGAGGUGACCCGCAAAUAUAGUAACCUCGCCGAGGAGAUGCAGGUGUCCGUAGCCGGGCGAGCCUGUCUAGCGGCCGAAGCCGCCAGACUCAUCCAAGCGAGAGAUCAGCUCGAUGGUCGCCCGAUGCUGGAGCAUGUCCACUACGCCGUCCUGCAAUGUAUCGCUGACUGCAAUGCACUCUCCGACCGUGCUGCCGCAGAACUAAUGGACUUUGAUGCGUGUUUGCAGAAGCUUAAUGAGGAGUUGGAGCGGGCGAUGCAGAAGAUUCUUGAGAUGUCAGGUCUACUCGGGGAGGCGUCGGAGGCGUCAAAUGUUAUCGAAGCAGUUUUUAGUGAGUUACAGAGCUCAUUGGCAGAGGUCGAACAGCAGUGA